AUGAAAGCACUCGUGUCUUCGCAGAUUCUAUCCUCGAGUCCUCUCAUCUCCAAUAUCUCCACGAUGAUGUCUCAGUCUCUCAGGGCUUCGCGCUCCCUCUUCUCCCGCGUCUCUCGGCAACAGGCCCCCUCUGUCGCCCGCCGCACCUUCCUGACCUCCGCUGUCCGUCGGGCCGACCCUGUCCAGGAACUCUACCUCCGUGAGCUCCGUGCCUACAAGCCUGCGCCCGUCAAGCCCGGUGAUGCUGAGGCCCACACUCAAAAGUUCAGCGUUCCUGCUGCCCCCAAGUCCCCCGAAGAAGCCAGCCUCGCCAAUGAAUUGAACUCCUACGAGACCCAGGAAGUUGAGGUUGAGGGCCAGGCCGCUACCGGCGAGGCCGCUCCUGUUGAGGAGAGCUGGUUUGAGGAGGAAGAGGAGGCUCCCGCCGCUCACUAA